CUCCGCGGCUUCCGUCGUGGAGAGGUUGCGGAAGAAGGUACUGGGGCUGGGGUCCUGGAACCGUGCUCCGGGAUUUGGCUAGAGAUGGAGUUCGACUGCGAGAAUGUGAGACGGCUGCUAGGCAAGUACAAGUUCAGGGAUCUAACUGUGGAAGAACUAAAGAAUGUAAAUAUGUUUUUCCCACAUUUCAAAUAUUCCAUGGAUACCUACGUUUUUAAAGAUAGUUCCCAGAAAGACCUGCUGAAUUUUACUGGUACUAUUCCUGUGAUGUAUCAGGGUCAUACAUAUAACAUACCAAUCCGUUUCUGGAUUUUGGAUUCUCACCCUUUUGCUCCCCCCAUUUGCUUCUUGAAGCCAACUGCAAAUAUGGGAAUUUCCAUUGGAAAACAUGUGGAUGCACAAGGCAGAAUAUACUUACCCUAUCUCCAAAACUGGAGCCAUCCCAAGUCUGUCAUUGUUGGAUUAAUUAAAGAAAUGAUUGCCAAGUUUCAAGAGGAACUUCCCCUGUAUUCUCUAUCGUCAUCUGAUGAAGCACGGCAGGUAGACAUGCUAGCCUAUAUUGCAAAAAUCACUGAAGGUGUCUCAGACAUAAAUUCAAAGAGUUGGACAAAUUAUGAGAUUAAACCAGUCAAUAAAAUUACCGUGGUUGGAAAUGGAGAGUUGGGUAUUGCCUGCAUCUUAGCAAUUUCAGCAAAGGGCAUUGCAGACAGGCUAGUCCUUUUAGAUCUCUCAGAAGGAACAAAAGGUGGAACCAUGGACCUUGACAUAUUCAACCUGCCUAAUGUGGAAAUCAGCAAAGAUUUGUCUGCCUCUGCUCAUUCCAAGGUGGUGAUCUUCACCGUCAACUCUUUGGGUAGUUCUGAGUCUUAUGUUGAUGUUGUGCAGAGCAAUGUGGAUAUGUUCAGAGCCCUUGUCCCAGCUCUGGGACAUUACAGUCAACAUGGUGUUCUGCUCGUUGCAUCUCAACCAGUGGAAAUCAUGACCUAUGUGACAUGGAAACUGAGUACAUUUCCUGCAUAUCGAGUGAUUGGAAUUGGAUGUAAUCUUGAUUCACAGAGAUUACACUAUAUUAUUACAAAUACCUUGAAAGCACAGACUUCAGGCAAAGAAGUUUGGGUUAUUGGUGAGCAGGGAGAAGACAAAGUGCCCAUUUGGAGUGACCAAGAAAUGAGUCAUAGCUCUCAGGUGCAGCUGUCCAACAGAGCCAUGGAACUAUUAAAGGUAAAAGGUCAAAGAUCCUGGUCUGUUGGACUAUCUAUAGCUGACCUGGUCGACAGUAUUGUAAACAAUAAAAAGAAAGUACAUUCUGUAUCAAUUUUAGCAAAGGGAUAUUAUGAUAUAAAUAGUGAAGUGUUUUUAAGUUUACCUUGCAUCCUUGGAACUAAUGGAGUAUCUGAAGUCAUUAAAACCACAGUGAAGGAAGACACAGUGACUGAGAAACUCCAAAGCAGUGCAUCCUCAAUCCAUGGUCUCCAACAACAGUUAAAACUUUGACUCUCAAACACAGUUACCUGAAAGAAAAGAUCAUUUAAUUUUGCCAACAUAUAUUAGAUUUGAGUAUGUCUGUGUCUUAUUUGUCUUACCAACUGCUUGGUUAAGGUAGAUGGUUUCUUGGUUAGCUCUGUCAUUUGAUCCUGAAGGAGUUAGAUAAGGAAGGAGAAAAAAAUCUAAUUUCAUUCGGGAUGCUUAACAUAUCUAUACUGUUCUUCAAGCUACAACAAGGAUAAACAUGCAUCUGCAGUGUGUAAUAUUUUAAAUUGUGUACCCCAAACUCAAAACACACUAAUCACUUUGGAGAUAUACUGAAAGAAAUGAAUUUUAUAAAGGUUACUUUUUGACAUUUAUAAUAAAUAUGAUAACCUAAAGAUCCAGAA